AUGCCGCAUCGUGAACAUUCUGUGGAAACCAUUCGCCGUAAUAGCGAAGUGAUGGGCAGCCUUAGGAAAUUGAUGGCUGUUAACCGUGGUGAAAUUGCCAUUCGUGUGUGCCGAACAGCUCACGAGCUCUCCAUGAGAACCGUUGCCAUCUUUUCACAUGAAGAUCGGCUUUCCAUGCAUAGAUACAAGGCCGAUGAAGCAUAUCAAAUUGGUCAGCUUGGUCAAUUUACCCCUGUGGGAGCUUAUCUUGCUCAAGAUGAGAUUGUACGCAUUGCCAAGGAACGAGGUGUCUCCAUGAUCCAUCCUGGCUAUGGUUUCUUAUCCGAGAAUGCUGAAUUUGCACGCAAGGUGGAAGCAGCGGGUAUCACAUUCAUUGGUCCAUCCCCUGAGGUCAUUGAUAGUUUAGGAGAUAAGACCAAGGCUCGUCAAAUUGCUAUGGAUUGCAAGGUGCCAGUUGUCCCAGGCACACCCGGACCUGUGAGUGAAUACUCUGAAGCCAAGGCCUUUAUUCAAGAAUAUGGAUUCCCUAUCAUCAUCAAGGCUGCUAUGGGUGGUGGUGGCCGUGGUAUGCGUGUUGUGCGUGAUGAGGCAUCACUUGAGGAUGCUUUCAAUCGUGCAAAGUCCGAGGCAUUGUCUGCAUUUGGUGAUGGCACUGUUUUCAUUGAACGCUUCUUGGACAAGCCCCGUCAUAUCGAAGUCCAACUUUUGGCUGAUCGUGCUGGCAACGUCGUCCAUCUCUUUGAACGUGAUUGCUCUGUUCAACGUCGUCAUCAAAAGGUCGUCGAGAUUGCUCCUGCCAAGAACUUGGACAACACCGUGCGCGAAGCCAUUCUCAAUGAUGCCGUCAAGAUUGCCAAGGCUGUAAAGUACAAGAAUGCUGGUACUGCCGAAUUCCUUGUGGACAACCAGAAUCGUCACUACUUUAUCGAGAUCAAUCCUCGUAUCCAAGUGGAGCAUACCAUCACUGAGGAAAUCACUGGUAUCGACAUUGUUGCUGCUCAAAUCCAAAUUGCUGCUGGUGCCCUCUUGCCCCAACUUGGCUUGACCCAACAACGCAUUCGUCAACGAGGUUUCGCUAUCCAAUGCCGUGUAACCACUGAAGAUCCUGAAAAGAACUUCCAACCUGAUACUGGCAAGAUCGAAGUCUAUCGCUCAUCCGGUGGCAAUGGCGUACGUCUUGAUGGUGGUGCUGGUUAUGCAGGCGCUAUUAUCACUCCGCACUAUGACUCCCUUCUUGUCAAAUGCACAUGCUCAGGCUCUACCUAUGAAGUGGCUCGUCGCAAGAUCGUUCGUGCUUUGGUGGAAUUCCGUAUUCGUGGUGUGAAGACCAACAUUCCCUUCUUGCAACGCUUGUUGACUCAUGAUACCUUCAUCAAUGGCAACUGUUGGACCACAUUCAUUGACGACACUCCCGAUCUCUUCCGCCUUGUUCAAUACCAAAAUCGUGCUCAACGUAUGCUUGGUUACCUUGGUGACGUUGUUGUCAAUGGAUCUCAAAUCAAGGGCCAAGUGGGUGAACCUUCCUUCAAGCAAGAGCUUGAGAUCCCUACCCUUUACGACAAUGCUGACAAGCCUGUGAAUGUCAAUGUGGCUCCUACUGAAGGCUGGAGAAAGAUCUUUGUUGAACAAGGUCCUGAAGCAUUUGCCAAAGCUGUUCGUGCUUAUCCUGGUACUCUUAUCAUGGAUACUACAUGGCGUGACGCUCAUCAAUCCUUGUUGGCUACUCGUGUCCGCACUACUGAUCUCCUCCGCAUUGCACCGACAACCGCACAUGCUCUCUCCAAUGCCUUUUCGCUUGAAUGUUGGGGUGGCGCUACCUUUGAUGUGGCCAUGCGCUUCUUGUACGAGGAUCCUUGGGAACGUUUGAUUGCUUUGCGUAAGGCUGUGCCCAAUGUACCUUUCCAAAUGCUUUUGCGUGGUGCCAACGCUGUGGGUUACACCUCUUAUCCCGACAAUGUCGUUUACGACUUUUGUGCCAAGGCUGUCAAGGCUGGUAUGGAUGUGUUCCGUGUCUUUGAUUCCCUCAACUAUGUCGAAAACAUGCGCUUGGGUAUCGAUGCUGUCAAGAAGGCGGGUGGUAUUGUCGAAGCUACCAUUUGCUACACCGGUGAUGUGACAAGCACCAAGAAGACCAAGUAUGAUAUCAACUACUAUGUCAACCUUACUCAAGAAUUGGUCAACGAGGGCAUCCACAUUUUGGGUAUCAAGGAUAUGGCUGGUUUGCUCAAGCCUGAAGCCGCCAAAUUGUUGAUCGGCACCAUCCGUGAAAAAUUCCCUGAUCUUCCGAUUCACGUGCACACUCACGACACCGCCGGUACUGGUGUUGCUUCCAUGUUGGCUGCUGCUGAGGCAGGUGCUGACGUGAUCGAUGCCGCCAUUGAUUCCAUGUCUGGUAUGACCUCCCAACCCUCCAUGGGUGCUCUUGUGGCUGCUCUUGAACAUAACAACGGUGGUACUGGUAUUCGUAUGGAAGAUAUCCAAGCUCUCAACUCGUACUGGGAACAAUGCCGCAUGUUGUAUUCUUGCUUCGAAGCCAAUGUCAAGGCUGCUGACUCAGGCGUUUACAGAAGCGAGAUGCCCGGAGGCCAAUAUACCAACCUCAUGUUCCAAGCACAACAACUUGGUCUUGGCACCCAAUGGUUGCAAAUCAAAAAGGCUUAUGCCGAAGCCAACGAAUUGUGUGGUGAUAUCGUCAAGGUGACUCCUUCAUCCAAGGUGGUUGGUGACUUGGCCCAAUUCAUGGUAUCCAACAAUCUCAACAAGGAGGAUGUUAUCAAGCGUGCCUCUAGCUUGUCAUUCCCUACCUCUGUGGUCGAGUUCUUCCAAGGCUACUUGGGUCAACCUGCUGGUGGUUUCCCUGAACCAUUGCGUAGUGACAUUAUUCGCAACCUUCCUCGCAUCGAUGGUCGUCCUGGUGCCACUAUGCCACCCCUUGAUUUGGCCAAGCUUAAGGAGGAAUUGAUUGAAAAGUAUGACAACAUUACUGAUUACGAUGUCGUGUCGGCUGCUUUGUACCCCAAGGUGUUUGCUGAAUAUCGUGAUAUGGUGGCUCAAUAUGGUGAUUUGUCCAUCAUCCCUACUCGUUACUUUUUGGCCAAGCCUGAAAUUGGUGAAGAAUUCCACGUUGAGAUUGAAGAAGGCAAGACCCUUAUCAUCAAGCUGCUUGCUGUGGGUCCUAUCAACAGCACCGGCAAGCGUGAUGUCUACUUUGAGCUCAAUGGUGAAGCUCGUGUUGUUGGUAUCACUGAUAAGAAUGCUGCCGUUGAAACUGUCACUCGUGAAAAGGCCAAGGAAUCUAACCCAGGUGAUGUGGGUGCUCCCAUGUCCGGUGUUGUUAUUGAAGUCCGUGCAAAGGAGGGUGCUGAGAUCAAGGCUGGUGACCCUGUAUGCGUUCUCAGUGCCAUGAAGAUGGAAACGGUUGUCUCUGCACCUGUUGCUGGUCGUGUUGAACACGUUCCUAUCAAGGAAGGCGACUCUCUUUCCUCCGGUGAUUUGGUUGCUCGCAUUGUUCACACUUAA